AUGUCCUUGAAGAGGCUGAUUCAACAGAGAGGCAAUGCCAACUGUGUGGGCUACUGUCUCAGCUCAAAUUGCAGCCCAACUUUGGAGCCAAUUGAUGGUCCACCUUUGGACAACCAGAGAAGCCAAAUGUUCUCAGACCCAAUUGGGAGAUUGUCCAAGGACUGCAAACAGCUUGCUUUAAAUAGAACGAGCUCCAUAAGCAAAUCUACUGGCCCACACAGAAAGACAUUUAAAAUCUACAAGGAAGACAAUGAAACAUUUGGAUUUGAAAUCCAGUGCCAAAGUAAUCAUUUCAUGGAAACUUGCACUUAUAUUUGCAACGUGAAAGAAGGAAGCCCAGCUUUUCUUACCGGACUCCAACAUGGUUACAUCCUGAUCAGCAUCAAUGGAGUGAGCAUUAAAGGACUAAGUCACAAAGAACAGGUGGACAUGAUUAAAUCAUCUAGGAAUCUUUUAAGGUUAGAUACGGCGAAUGAAGCCCUGAUUAUGAAAAGAAUGGAGCUGGAAACCAAGUUGCAUUGUAUGAAGAAAACUUUGCAAGAUAAGUUGGCCGAGCUCCAGGCCUUGUGCUUACGAGAAAAGGACCUUACUUGCGGAGAAGUCUGCUCACUACCAGAUUCUGCAGGAUUAGAAGGACCUAAUAUCUUUGGUGAUCAUGCUGGAUUAGAAUCCGCACUGAGCAGUAAACCCCGAUUUUCCAGCGAAAGCAGCUGCUUAAGCCUCCUUAGCUCAAUGACUGUGGAUAGCGAGGACAGUUUUUACCAAUUCAGUGUUUCCAAAGACCCCGCUAAAGAGAUUUUUAGCCGACAGUCAAGCACAGAAGAUGACUGCUUUCUUCCAAUUGGUAGCAAUGAAGUGAAGAAGACAUCACUGAGAAGGCAUCGGAGUAUCAGUGUGACCAGCAAUGUCUGUAGAUCUCCUUCAAAGAAUGGAGAUAACUUCUCAAAGAUCUUUGGGACUCUCCCACGGAAAAGCAGAAAGGGAAGUAUUCAAAGGAAGCUGUUGACUUUCAUUCCUGGCCUUCACCGAGCUGUGGAAGAGAAUGAAAGUCGUGUCUAACAGCAACUUUAGAAUGACGUGGAAAUCUUGGACUACAAUUUGCAUUUUUGAAAUCAAACCUGGCCUGCAUUUCAUAUUCUCAAUCAGCAAAUGAAUGGCAGUAAAAUAUAGCUUGGAUUGAUAACUUUGGGAUUUUUUUUUUUCCUGAUAUAGUUUCAGGACAACUGGAUUGAUAACAUACAUUUGGGUGUUAUUUGUGGAUUUUUGGCGGGAAGCUGGAAAGAUGGUGACUAGAGAGUCUUUGCCUAGUAAUAUUACAAUAUAGGCCUGAAACAAUGAGAAGGUAGCAAUUUGUAGUAGCUAAGACUUCACAUACAUCUAUAAGUGUUCAAUUGCUAGCAAAAAAAGUUAAAUGUAUUUUUAAAAUAAAAAUAUAUAUUGUCCUGGUUCCCCAACAUCUGACUCGCACCUGGUAAAUCUGGGUAAUGACUAAGCCAACAUGAUUUAUGUCACUCUAAUGUUUGAGGUAGACAAGUGAAGCAUUAGAGGUCUUUGCCCAAGGACCCACACUGGCAAAAUACAGGGAGUUUUUGACUUACAACCAUAACUGAGCCCAAAUUUUCUGUUGUUGUGAAACAUUUGUUUAGUGAGUUUUGCUCCAUUUUACAAUCUUUCUUGCCACAAUCGUAACUUGUAACUGAAGUUGACAAGUUAGUAACUUGGUUGUAAAGUGUAUCUGGCUUCCCCAAUGACUUUGCUUGUUGGAAGUUUGCAAAAGCUUGACCACGUGACCUUAGUGCACAGCAAUGGUCAUAAAUAUGAAUCAGUUGCCAAGCAUCUGCAUUUUGAUCACAUGAUCAUGGAGAUGCUUCAAAGGUCGUAAUUGAAAAAUGGUCAUAAGUCAUUUUUUCCCAGUGCUGUUGUAACUUUUGAACAGUCAUAAAUGAACUGUUGUAAGUGGAGAACUACCUGUAGGUACCAGUUGGGAUUUGAACCCAGUCUCUCCCAUUCCAACCACUGUCUAGUAAUGUGACAGCAACAUUAGGAGAAGGGAUUAUGAGAAGGUGGAGAUGUGCCAGGGCCUGUAGGAGGCGCUAGAGGGGAUGUGGAAAGUAGAGUCCAAAGUGAUCCCAGUGGUCAUAUGAGCACUGGGGGCUUUGACUCCUAAGUAAGGAGAGGGAUUCCAACAAAUUCCAGGAACAGCCAAGAUCCCUCAAAUUCCCGGGGCCCAAGACUGAGGAAGACACAGUCUACCCAUAGGGGUAAGAAAGGUUUUUUUAAAAAUGUAAAUAAAUGUUCUAAAGAAGCUGUAUGUGAACCAGAAAUCUGUGUGACUAUGUUCAGAGAAAUGCAAUGAUUUUUAUGAUUGGAACACUUUGGAAGAAUAUAAACAUCAUGAAGCCAAUUGGAAUAAGGGUGAGAAUUAAAACAGGCUGCUACUAUACUCAUCGACCUAUAGUCCAGUG